UUGCUUAUUAAUGGUAACCAGUUGCUUGUACUAUUUUACUUUGAAAUGAAGCGUAUUUCAAUUGGCAUGACCAGUAACAAAUAGAUCGUGAAUAAAUUUUCAGUCGGCAUGUACGCUCAUUAACGUCAGCUUAGAUAUCUCUAUUGUGGUUAAGUAAUGGUAACAUACAUGACUGAACACAAUAUUAGAAUUGAAACAAAACGUUUACAUUUCGUGUUUGGAAAAUAAAUUCAAUGAUAUUUUACUCCCUGAAGCUCUGGUUUUGGUAUGUUCAAUGUGCUUCGUUAAGCAUCACAACUGGACAGGAAUCUUUUUUUAAAGGAACAUUACAAGAAAUGAAGUAUGCGACAUUAUUGAUAGAACAGAUCAGUUUCAAUUUGGCUUUGUGGAUGUCAUGACUAUUUUUGAUACCAUAUAUCUUAGGUUAGAAAUUAGUUGUCAGCAUGGCAGAAGAUAUCUUUCAUCGCAAUAAAAGUAUUUCACCAGUCGAAAUGUCCGAUAUGUCAAAAAAGCCAGUUGAAGGGGACAAAAGGGAAGAAAACAAAUCAAGAUUGUGGUCAUUCCUGAAAUCGAAUGAAGAACAUCUGAAGAAGUUCUUCGAAACUUCCCUCAUAACGAGUUUUCCAAAAAUCGCAGCUUCCAGUAGUUGGAAAAAAAGAAUUUGGAAGUCGUUGAUUUUUGUACUUUGCUUUGUGGGAUUGUUGUGUCAAACUUGUACUUUUUUACAAUUUUAUUUCACUUACCCAACGACUGUUAAUUUGAAGUUUAGUAGUCCUUAUGAAAUCGUCCAACCGGCCUUGACACUUUGCAGUAAUAAUCUAAUUAGCCGUCCAGUUUAUUGUGAGAAAAGCCAUGCUAAAUGCGAAUUUCAAGGUGACGAACAACUGUUUUGUAGCCAAUAUCCUAAAUACUGUGGUCCAGGAGGGAACGUGUCAUAUAAAGGAGUGCCUACCGAACGUGACUUCCAAACUGCGAAACUUAACAACUCAUGGGAGGAGGCGGAUGCAUUGGCACCAAAGCAUGGAAUGAUUCAAGAAUGUAAAAAAGUUAUCAAUGGGCAAGACAUACAAUGCAACAUUCGGAGAUUUCCUUUUGUGACGAAGAAAAGAAAAGCUACCUUCUGCUACACCAUUGAUUCCCUGUUGGGACAGCCACAUGCCAAAGACGAUAUUUAUCCCAACACUCUUUAUUUUUCAGUAGAACUCAACACCUUCCCGGAAGAUUAUUUCUCACAUUCCGAGCCAGUUUUCAUCUAUGCAGUCAUACAUGAUCGCAAGCAUCUGGUCAAUCCAUUUCUGGAUGGCUUCAUCUUAAAUGGAGGUUAUAGAUACAUGUCAUAUGUAUCGAUGACUGAAAUAAUAAGACUUCCGUAUCCAUACAACACUAAUUGUACAGACUAUAUUAAAUUAUGGAGAGAAAACAAUGGAACAGGACCUCUUGACGAGAUGACUUGCAUAGAACACUGUAAACUGAAUAAGUUGAAAGCAAAAAAUGAUUGUAUUGAUGAAUAUAUUUCUUACUCCCCACAUCAAGAAGAGCUUUGUGCAUUUGGUAUUGAAAAAACGAAUUCUGAUAUUGUCAAAGAUUGCGGAAUGGAAUGUCAGCCAGCAUGUCAGGAGCAGACCUAUGAAGUUAAGUAUGAUGAAAUUGAACCAGAUGACGAUCCGUGCAAUUCUGAGGAUGAAUAUUGCAAGACAAGUCAUAUCUAUCUUAGAGUUUCCUUUCGUAAAUUUCGACUUACAAGCCAUAUAUACCAACCUCAAUACAAAAGUGUGGAACUAUUCAGUUACGUAGGGGGUUACAUGGGGAUGUGGCUUGGACUAAGUCUUGUCUCAGUCUGUGAUUUUGUAGAAUCUAUUUGCCUUUUAAUUUAUCAUCCUGUAAUCAAAAGGAUAAAAAAAUAAAUAAAUAAAAAAUAUUUUGUUUUUAUAAAUGA